AAUAUCUUUAUUACAUAACAAUAAUUAUUAAUUAUUAAUUUAUUCAUGAAGAGUGAGGACUAGAAUCAAUCCGCCUUGACUAGAAUAGAAUUUAUUACCUACUGUCCUGUCCUAUUAACUUACAAAGCUACAACCAUACAUAGACCUUAAUUAUAUACGAUAUUAUUAUAAAACUAGUUUUAUAUAUUUAUCUAUAUUCUAUGGUUAGAAACUUAGAAUAUACAACUGUUCUGUAUAGGUGCAUAAUAUUGUUGUUUUUUGUAAUAUUAAAUUUGAGUAAAUUCUGAAAUCUCGAUCUGACUGUUCACAUAUUACAUUUUAAAUUUAUACGUUUCCGAUUCUUUGACCUUAGUAAUUAUUUUUCGUUCAUUACGGAUAUCUAACCACCGAACGCGAAAUGGCCGACACCACUAGCGAAUUGGACGAAACGCCGAGCAUCGAGUGCUUUCAGAACUACACCGCGCCCGAGGUGUUCAUACAGGGCAUCGCUGGCAUUGUAAACCAGGAAGAUGUCGAGUCCAUGAUCAUUGCCCAAAAAGAAAUGUUGCAGCGUUUUGAAAAGACCAAUGAAAUGCUCACCAACUGCAAUUCGUUGUCAAUGAGUCACCUGAAAACCACUAGUCAGGAUCUGAAGAAACACACGCAAAUGUUGGCAGAGUUACGCAAAGACUUGGACAGUACCUUUAAGAGAAUAGCCACUAUUAGGUCCAAGAUUAAAGUCCAACAUCCAGACUUACAGAAAAGUAUUUUAGAAGAGAAGCAAAAAGAGCUGGAACAAAAGACUGUAGACAGUUCAUCUAGUGGUAGCGCAAGUACUGCUUCUCCGUAUAAUUCUGACACAAAUUAAAAUACAUUUUUUAUUCCAACAAAAAUGUAUAUCACGAUCUCAAUAAAUUUUCCAUAACAGUUUUAAUGUAUCUAGUAUCAUUGUAUAUAAUAUAUUAUGCUCAUUAUUUAUUUAAAAUAAGAAACGUAUUUUAUUAAAUGUAUGGUCUUCGUUCAAAA